AUGAGCCUCUCCCCCUUGGGACACAUCACCAAAGACUCUGGGGCUGGCGUGGAUUACCUGGAUGAUGUACCUGCCCCAGCAGGACAGCUAAGUGAACAGAGGCCCACAUCCUGUCCUCUCUCCCCAGCCUUCCUGUCUGCUAGCCUCGGGGUAUUUGCCCCCUCAGAGACCUACACACUGCCCGUGACCAGCUCCAGCUGGGAGCCCCAGCCAGAAUCCAUGAUACCAUCAGGCCAUUCCACCGGUUCCACAGGGGCCCCAGCAGUGACCGAGGCCACCGAGCAGGGCCCCAAGAAUCCCCGCGUGUCCAGCGUGACGGUUCAGCUGGAGAUGAAGGCUCUGUGGGAAGAGUUCAACCAUCUGGGCACAGAGAUGAUCGUCACCAAGGCGGGCAGGAGGAUGUUCCCCACCUUCCAGGUGAAGAUCCUGGGCAUGGACACGCUGGCUGACUACGCCCUGCUCAUGGAUUUUGUGCCUUUGGAUGACAAGAGAUACAGGUAUGCCUUCCACAGCUCUGCCUGGCUGGUGGCGGGCAAGGCGGACCCGGCCACGCCCGGCCGCGUGCACUUCCACCCCGACUCGCCGGCCAAGGGCGCGCAGUGGAUGCGUCAGAUCGUGUCCUUCGACAAGCUCAAGCUGACCAACAACCUACUGGAUGACAACGGCCACAUCAUCCUCAACUCCAUGCAUCGCUACCAGCCACGCUUCCACGUGGUUUUUGUGGACCCACGCAAAGACAGCGAGCGCUAUGCCCAGGAGAACUUCAAGUCCUUCAUCUUCACGGAGACCCAGUUCACGGCUGUCACAGCAUAUCAGAACCACCGGAUCACCCAGCUGAAAAUUGCCAGCAACCCAUUUGCCAAGGGCUUUCGGGAGAGUGACCCAGACUCCUGGCCUAUAUCUCCACGGCCCCUGCUCAGCAUCCCGACCCGGAGUCGCAGCAGCCUCGGCCCCUGUCUGCUGAAAGGCUCCAAUGAGCGAGAGAAAGACCCCAACAAAGCCUUCACCGCCAGGAUCCCCGCCAGGCUCCACCAUCAGCUGCUGGCCCCCACUGAGGCUUUGCUGGCCCCAGCCACCUACCCGCCCCUCACCUACCAGGGCCUGUACCCUGGAGCCUCAAGCCCCGUCCAACCAAGGGCCCGACCGACACCAUACCCCCUCCCCAAUAUCCAGGCUAAUAGGGACCAGGGGGGCCUGCCCCUCCCAGCGGGGCAGGGGCUCCUCUCCCCCAUUGCAAUGUGCCUGGGGCCUGGCCAGGACCCGCAGUGACGGUGGGGACCCUGUGGACAGAGUCCUCUCAUCCUGGAGCCCACUCUCUUCAGCCUUACCUCUGCAGAGACCACCACCCCUCCCUUGACCAGGAGAGCAGAGCAGGUGGAAGCCCAGAGAGGAAAGCGAUCUGCCCAGAGUUUCCAGGCUGGGAUGGUGCCAGGCUUGGAACUGGACCCCCUAUCUCCAAGCUGCCCCCUCUGCUUUGGGGGCGACUCCUCCAAAUCCUGCUUUGCCUCUCUCUUCCCUCCAACAUUAAACCAUUUGGAAUGGGUGGUCAGAGCACUUCUGUCCUUGGAGGUCAGGGUGGAGGGCCUCAGGAAAGCCCACACCCCAGAGUCUGGGCUGCAGACAUCACAAAGCUCUGCUCCGUGCUGCUGGCGUCCCAGGGAGCAGAGUCAUGGUAAAGGUGGCAACACAAGCUGAGUGGCAGGGCUGUGAGGGAGGUUGUGUUCCUGCCCUCUGCCUUGCCUGCCCAGAUGAGGACCGAAACUGCAGCUCAGGGAGGCACUGCUCAAAAUCGAAGCAAAGCAUGGGACACCUGCCAUUCCACAUUUAGGUGCUGUGUGCAAGACCGGGGUGUCUAGUCCUUGGGGGGGGGGGCAGUCUGGCAGAGGGGUGCAGCAUGCCACAGGUAGUGACCACAGGGGUCAAGAUGGGGGUGACAUGAGGAGUUUGAGAAUUCAAUCAAAAUUCCAGGCAGGAGAGCUUCUAGAGAAAGUGACCAGCACCUAUAAGAGAAGUUGCGGAGGAGACGGGAGGGGAGCAGAGGCCAGCUCCCGGAGGUGGGGAAAGGUCUGGGGCUGGAAUGGGUCCCCUGGAGCGAGAGGGCGCAGCGCAUGCCACUCAGCGCAACCAGGAGACAGGGCCCGGAGGGUGGGAAGGGCUGGGCACUCCUUCCCGCGGCCCCAGGCAUCUCUAACCCAUAAACGCCGACUCCAAACACCCUGCAGCACUUGCGGGCGUGGAGAAACGCGGGGCCUCAACAGUCAGACAUCUCGACUCUCAAACCCGGCGGUCAAAACGGCCGAGACCAGUCGCCGGCCAGACACGAGUCCAGUUGCACUAGGCAGGGGGCA